GGAGCUGUGCAAAACGUGUGCUUGCUUUAAAAACCAUUAUAUAUAUAUCUAUCUAUCUGAAAACCAGCCUCCAAAGUCGUAUCCUGCCUCAGCUCCAGCUGGCUUGCUAGCAGGGGGGGCUGCAUUUGGACCCCCAAAAAAAAGGGGGGGGGAUGGCGGCGGCAGAAAUAAGCGCACACUAUGCAUAUCUCGGACAUCUAUGCAGAAAAAGGCCAGCGAGCGUCGACUUUCCUCUUCCCUCCCCCAGCUUUAACCUUUUAGCCUUCCCAUCCAAACUGUUGAAUGCAGCAAAGGCAGCGAGAGUCUGAUUGGAAAGGAGGAUUUGUCAUGCAAGAGGGGUUUUCUGCAUAUCAGGGCUUGCAGGAGCAACUAAUGACCCAAACCUAGCCCUGUCUACUCGGAAGUAAUUCCGCGGGGCUCACUCUCAGGCAGAACAAAGCUCUGUCACAACUGUGCUUCCUGGCUGUCGCCUCCGCCUGUAAGCAGCUGAACAGUUCGCCUCCUUGAUAUCAUCAUGCAGAAAAGGAUGAGCGAGACGCAAUGAGAGAUUCAGAUAUUGACGGACUCCCAGUCAGAUGCUUCGCUACGGACUCCUUGCCUCCUUUCGCCUGGUGGUAGAAUACAAGCUAGUCACCGUGGGAAGCCAGGAACUGCUCCAGGCAUUAGAUUUGAGACCGGACUGCCGAACAACGUGAUAUCUCACUGCUUUCUCCAACCGGACUGCGAUGGAGACUCUGUCCCAGGACAUUCUGCUGGAAUGUCAGAUUUGUUUCAAUUACUACAGCCCCCGGCGGAGGCCCAAGUUGCUGGACUGCAAGCAUACCUGCUGCUCUGUUUGCCUUCAGCAGAUGAGGACCAGCCAGAAAGACUUGCGGUGCCCCUGGUGCCGAGGCAUCACUAAACUGCCGCCGGGCUUUUCCGUCUCCCAGCUGCCCGACGACCCAGAGGUCAUUGCCGUGAUUGCGAUACCCCACACUUCAGAGCACACUCCCGUCUUCAUCAAACUUCCCAGCAAUAGCUGCUACAUGCUGCCCUUGCCAAUCUCCAAGGAGAGGUCCCUCUUGCCAGGAGACAUUGGCUGCCGCCUGCUGCCAGGCAGCCAGCAGAAGUCUCUCACUGUGGUGACAAUCCCAGCCGAGCAGCAGCCCUUGCAGUCCGGCCUCCCUCAGGAGGGAGGCGACGAAGAUCAAGACAGGAGGGGCAUUGCGAAAAGCUCCACCUGGUCGGGGGUUUGCACCGUCAUCCUGGUGGCCUGCGUCCUGGUUUUCCUCCUUGGGAUUGUCCUACACAACAUGUCGUGCAUUUCCAAGCGUUUCACUGUGAUCUCCUGCGGCUGAAAGGAAGCGGCAAAUACCCACGCGGGCCAAUUUUGGGGGUUUGGGAGGGUGGUUAUGGUGGUGGCAGGAUGCCGUGAGAUGAAGCGCCUCGUUCCACCGUACUGAGUCAUUGACACCAGGCUGGUUGCUGGUCCAGAGUCUACUUUAAAAGGAAAAACAAAUGACAGUGGCACCUGUAGGUAGAGUAUGGGAAACGUCCAAUGCUUAUCCGCUGGUAACAGUACCAAGGAAGACUGCAUGCAUCACCAUAAUCACUUAACAAAUGAGCUGUAAUUUAUAAUGAUUUCAUCAUGUUACGAGAUUAAAGAUGUCUAUUUAGCUGGUUCUACUAUACUGAUAUAGGACAUAAUCUCUCCCUUUCUCUCUGUCUCUCUUUAACAGAGUAGUCAACUUACAAAUCAAAAUGCUGUACGUUCAAGUAGAAUUAAACACUGGCAUUUGGAAAGGCAAGCUACCCAGUGCUUUUCCAGACGUAGCGAAAACCGUAACUCUUCUCUCUUUAAGCAGCAACGGAGAAACUUGUGAAAAGUUAAAAAAAAAAGUCAUUUAGUCAACAAGGCUUCUUUUUGUAUCUUUUAAAUUGCACAUUAAUUGCAACGGUUUUAAAAAAAUCUGUACCAUAGUUAUAGAAAGAGAACAUUUUUCUAAAGCGUUGGAAGUAUUUUGGAUGUAAUCUAUAUCUGUGUGUUUAUGCGCAUUCUGUUUUUCUUCUGUAGUUUUAAGUGAUUUCCUCCCCCUCUCGUUUAAAUUGAAAUGGGACACAAAAAGAAAGAAGCAAUAAAGGGAACCAGGAAGGAUAUACAGCUGUCCAGCCAAACUGUUUGUCUGUAUGCUGCCUUCUGCAAAACGCAACUUUAAAAAUGUAAAUCUUGGGCAUGUGGUUUCAUGCGCACACAGUAAAUAUAUUUGUCAAGAA